AUGCACUCCCUGGACGAACCCCUCGACCUGAAGCUGAGCAUCUCCACGCUCCGGGCCGCGAGGGAGAAAAGAGACAAGGAGCUGGGCGUCACGAAGCGCCGAGGCCUGCGCCAGGAGCUCCCGGCCCUGGAGGAUGGCCCCGCUGCGCCCAGCCCGGGCUCCCCCCCUGACGGCCUCCUGCCACACUCCAAAGGACAGGAUGGCUUCUCCUCGCCCCCCACCGUCGACCUGAGCCUGUCCCCUCCUCCUUCGGGCCUGGACUCCCCCAGCGGCAGCACCUCCCUCUCCCCAGACAGGCCGAGCAGCGGGGAGCUGGUGAGCGCCUCCACCCUCCGAGAGCUCCAGUCUCUGCGCUACAUCGAAGGGCUGCACCGUUCCUUCCAGUUCUUCCUGCCCCUGAGUUCCGGGGGUUCGCUGCACCUGCCCACCUCGGCUUUCCUGAGCCCUCCCAAGGAGAAGCGGCUCUCCUCAGCCCUCCCCCUGCAGAAGCAGCUGGUGUGCCGAUGGGCCAAGUGCAACCAGCUCUUCGAUCUGCUGCAAGACCUCGUGGACCACGUCAACGACUUCCACGUCAAGCCUGAGAAGGACGCCGGCUACUGCUGCCACUGGGAGGGGUGUGCGCGCCAUGGCCGGGGCUUCAACGCCAGGUACAAGAUGCUGAUCCACAUCCGCACCCACACCAAUGAGAAGCCGCACCGCUGCCCCACCUGCAACAAGAGCUUCUCCCGGCUGGAAAACCUCAAGAUCCACAACCGCUCCCACACGGGCGAGAAGCCCUAUGUCUGCCCCUACGAGGGCUGCAGCAAGCGCUACUCCAACUCGAGCGACCGCUUCAAGCACACGCGCACCCACUACGUGGACAAGCCCUACUUCUGCAAGAUGCCCGGCUGCCACAAGCGCUACACGGACCCCAGCUCCUUGCGCAAGCACAUCAAGGCCCACGGGCACUUCAUCUCCCAGGAGCAACAGGAGCUUCUCCAGCUGCCGGCCCCCGCCAAGGCCCACCCCGCCGGUGCCGCCGACCUGCCCUACAUCAGCGGGGCGCAGCUGGUCAUCCCCAACCCCGCUGCCCUCUUUGGGAGCCACGGUCUGCCGCUGCCCCUGACGCCCACCCCACUGGACCUCAGCACCUUCGCCUGCGGGGGAAUUGGGGGGGCCUCUCUGCCCAGCCUGCCUGGGCCCAUGAUGGCGCCCCUGAACUUGGCCAAGAACCCGCUGCUCUCCUCCCCCUUUGCUGCCAGCGGCCUGGGACUGCCCGUCGUUUCUUUCCUGGCCGGGGCCGCCAAGGCUGGCUCCGAGAGGGGCUCCCGGGGCAGCGGCCCCCGACCGGCCAAGGGCGGCUGCCCGCAGGGCCCCGAGAGCUGCAAGGAGGCCAACGAACGGGCCAAGCUGGCCAGGCGGCGGCCGCCUCCUCCAGAAAACCUCUCACGGCUUCCGGGGGGCGUCUUGGACCUGUCAACGGGUGUGAACUCCGGGGGGAGUGCUGACCCCCUGCCCCCAGGCUGGGUGGUCAUCCCAACCGGCUCCGUUCUCCUGAAGCAAGCCGUGGUGAACUGA